AUGACAAGCACGACUUUUAUCGGUUUACUUAGCCGCAUUGUUGCAUCUGGGGAGUUCAAAUCCUUACACGAAUAUUUAGCAACCUUUUUUGAGUCGAGUUACCGAAAUAGCUGCGAAGAAAACACAGCGUUUUGUUGUGAACUCAUCGAACUGCAUGCUAAGCUUCAAGGGCAGCUGUUUCACCUUCUGGAAUUGUGUUGUUCUGAAGGGGGAAUUUAUGGAGGAACCGAAGCGUUGAAAAAAAGACUUCUACCUUGGCUUCGUAGUGGGUUUCUUACUUCAAGAGUCAACGUUGAAGAUGUAGAAACAGUGAAAGGAAAAUACGAGCUUAUCGUAAAGGAAAUGGAGGAGGAACUGAGAGUCUCUAAAGUUGAAGAAGCGGAGCUUAAAAUUAAGUAAGUCCUUUCAGUAAAAUGAUUCGGGUUUUCUGCAAGUUAAAUCAACGAAAACUAUACAAACAUUGUAAAUAAUGCGAUUUAUUAUUUUCUAUACUACAAAGUUUUGCCACUGUCUCCAUUCAUAUUAAUUUACGACAACCGGUAAUAAAUGUUUCUUUUUACUAUAAUUUUUGCCUUAGUAUAUGCAGGCUGAAAGUUUGAAAAGCAGUGGAAAAGCACUUAUCAUAAUUUGUAAAUUAAAAUUAGAAAUUCAGUAUAUAUAUAUAUAUAUAAAUGCAAAAAGAUGCUUUCAACAGGGACGUUGUCAAUAUACAUUUCAUGACUAAAUAUUCAACUUUAUAUUUUCUGUUUAUCAAAUUCUAGGCUAGCAGAUGCAGAAGACGAAAUUCGAGCUCUGCGAAAGCAGUUGAAGGAAAAUCAAAGAGGAAACUAUCGAGAAAUUGACGAAAUGGGAAAAGAGUUAGUAAUGACAAGUGUAUGAUAAGCCUGAUAAAGUAAAUAAUUAUCUAGACGGACAAACAAUGAAUCCCUGAGCCGGACAGGUAUAAGGAUGCUCUUAAAAGUGAUACGCUGCUUUUGUUGAAGUUAAUUUUAAGUUGCCUAGCAACUAGUGGGGUAAGCGCUCUUUGUCACAUGACAGCUGCAGAGUGUGUCGGAGAGGGUAGAGAGGGUAAUUAAUGCGUGAAACCUCGAUUUCGAAACAAAAUCAUCGUUUAAUACGUUAAGAGAAGUGUUGGAGUUUUUGUAUUGACACGAGUGAUAGGUGAAAGCGUCUUUUCCAAAAUUUUCGUCGUAAGAAAAUGGUGUAUAUGCUGCGAAAGGUGAAAUCUUCCUUUGUAGGUUUUUGAAGAUCUAUGAGUAAUUUCAAAGUCGCUGUAGAAAAAACGUUAAUCCGAUUUGGUGUCGUUAAAUUUAAGGUUAAGUCAUGCGAAGAACGAACUAGUGGCCAGAGAAUGCCAGAUAAAAGAGCUAACUAAAGAAACUAUUGAACUGAAGAGACAGAACUCUGAGCUACACGUAAGGCAAGUAUUUCGUUGGGAAGGAAGGACGGGGUAGGAGCUCUGGAGAAAUGGCGAGAAGUGGGAGUUCUAAUAAAGUGGGAAGUGGAAGAAACAAAGGGAAAAUGGCGCCACAAGACGGAAAGGACCUAAAGGGAGGAAGCCAAAAGAAAUAAGGGGCGGGAGCUGGAAAUGGAGGAGGUUUCGGGAGGCGGGGGUUUGGACCCCCUUGUCCCCCCUCCCACUUAUUUCAGAUCUUUUUAAAGUACAUGCCGAUCUUUAUUAACCGCUGACAGAUCGAUCCUCGUCGACAAAUGAGGCAAAAAAUAUAUAAAUCCUUUGACGCCAGUCAGAAAUAAGAUCAGCUCUAACAGUAUAGCCCUAAUUAGUCAGUGCUUGGUGCGUCAGCCUGAAACUCGGACAAUCUAUCUUCAAUUUUCUCUUCACAUAAAAAAAACUGUGAGACAAAAUCUUUACACACUUCUUUCGUAUUUCUAUUGACUAUACACUCAAAAAAGAUUGUCGUGUCUUCAGAAUUAACAGAGAUUAAAAAAACUAAACGCAGUGAAUAUGAAACAACGAUAGAAACAACGCGAACGUGUUGGGCACUUGCUUUAUGGAGGUUAUUAUUAUUAUUUUUGCCCACUGUUAAUGGCAUACUUUAAUUUUAGACUUCAAAAGAAAAUCCUGGAAGCUGUUUCGGAGCCCGAGCCAGUUCGCCUCGUGACGAAACCACUCUCCGACAGAAUAACUCCGUUUCAGACGCGAUCUACCAAGCUCGUGGAGAGAUUCACAGAU